GAAGAUGGGUCCCAGCACACGUCCACACUUGCCCUUGGUACAGUCCGACGUGAACGUUCGCCAAAAACGCAUCGACGACCGAAGACGACGUUUGUGGUUCUUCUGCACCAAGUCUGUGGUUCUACUCGCCUAAACCCUCCUCCCACGCUCUCGGUCGGUAUUCACGUAGCAAAAAAUUUAGCAAAGCUAAAGCUCCACCGGAAGUUAGUGUGUAUUUGUGAGUGUGUUUGUGCGCCGUUUCGUGUGUGAAGCAAAGCCCCUGCCCCCUCGGAGCCACCGCUUCCGUUUACCGGUUACCGUGUGCACGUUUUGCAGUGUAUCCACCUCUGUCUGUGUGUGUGUGUGAGUGUGUAUUUGUGUGCAGUUAUUGAAAGUGGUAUUGGUGAGCGAGCGAGCAAGCGCAAGCAUAUAUGUGUGGGAAAUAGAAAAUCCACCCAGCCAACAUCCAUUCCCCCGCUCGAUGCAACAUUGUUAGAAGAAGCAGCGGUUGUUAAGCAGAACGUAGUGUGAACGAAGAGAGAAAGAAAGAGAGAGAGAGAGAGAGAGAGAGAGCAGCAAAGAGAAAAGCAGCGUUGCCGAAGCUUUCUCUGCUAGUGCUUUAGUGCGUUUCAGUGUGUGUGUGUGUGUGUCUUUGCUGCAGCUCCAACAAGAUAGUAUAGGCCCAUCUGCAGGUCGCAAAAAAGCCGGUCCCUGAGCUAUACCCCGCCGGUGUGUGUCCGAGUCCCGAGCUCCACGUGCCGCGUGUCAGACAACGCCGGAAAGAUACUUCUGUUAAGAGGAAGUACUACAGCCGCGCCUCGUAGCGCCUACCCUGGAGCACCACCGCCUGCACCGGCCACGCUAAAGGGUGCCCAGCGACCCGCUAUGACUAGUCCGGCCAGCGGCAUUCCCGGUGCACCGUACAGAGGCACUGCCUGGACGCAGGGUUACGCCCCGACACAACCAACCUACCGAUACACUGCACCGCAGACCUAUGCAUAUACACCACACACGACAACUCAGGUAAGCCUCGCCAGUCACGAUUCAGCACGCUUUGACCCGCCUGCCUGCCUGCCUACCAGCAGCAGCUACAAUCGGUACGGACAGCGUGUGCCGACAGCAGCGUCGCCCAGCAACACGAACUCGAGCAGCUCGUCCAACACCGGCUCGCAGAGCGGCACCCUGAGCACGAGCCUGAGCAACACGACCAACACAAACAACACGAUGGGUCCUAGCAACACGCCACAGCAGACGGAGCAGCUGUCCAAAACGAACCUCUACAUUCGCGGCCUGCAACAGGGCACGACCGACAAGGACCUUGUCAACAUGUGUGCACAGUAUGGAAACAUCAUCUCUACAAAGGCAAUAUUAGAUAAAACAACAAACAAGUGUAAAGGAUACGGAUUUGUUGACUUCGAGUCGCCGUCCUGUGCCGAGGGCGCCGUCAAAGGGCUUCAAGCGAAGGGCAUCCAAGCUCAGAUGGCCAAAGUGGGUAUCUGGGUGCUACAUAGGCCGGCCAUUCAACAGGAGCAGGAUCCUACCAAUCUGUACAUCGCGAAUCUUCCCUUGAACUACAAAGAGACGGACGUGGAGAAUCUGCUGUCCAAGUACGGCCAGGUCAUCUCGACCCGAAUUCUGCGCGAUCAGAAUGCGCAGUCGAAAGGUGUCGGUUUUGCGCGAAUGGAAUCACGGGACAAGUGUGAGCAGAUUAUACAGAUUUUCAACGGCACGCUGCUGCCGAACGCGAAGGAACCGCUGCUGGUGAAGUUCGCCGACGGUGGGUCGAAGAAGAAGAACCCGUUCAAGAGCCCGGACCCGAACACGCGAACCUGGCGCGAGGGAGCCGAAGGCAUCCCGGUCACCUACGAUCCGAACAUGCAGCAGAACGGCAUCGGCGUGAACGUCGGCACGCACAUCAACAUGCCGUACAGAGGGUUCAGCACGCCGCAGAUGGGCAGCUACGCCGUGCCCGGCUCCCAGUGGGUGCCGAGCUACAUGAUGACGCAGGCGAUUGCCCCCGUUGAGGAGCAGGUAAGGCAAUACGUUCAGGUUCCUGCUUCGCACCUGAGCGUCGGCACACCGUACAAGACGGACGGUGUGACACCGGUGCAGCCCCGUGGCGUCUCGAUGAUCAUGUCCAGUGAUAAUCCAGCCGCCGUCCAGUACGGCAUGAUGCCCCAGCUGGCAACACUGCAGAUUGGCUCCUCGCCGAUCCUAUCUCUCCCGCAGCAGCAGUACAUCAGCCCGACAGCCUAUCCGUACUAUCCGACCCAUCCGACGUCGGUCAUCCACACGCUGCAGAUGGGCGACACGGAGCAGGCGAGCACGGCCGCCUCGCCGGACGAAGCGUACACCACGCAGUAUCAGCACGCACCGAAGUAGAUCUUGCCGGUGCCGCGCGUAAAGAUCACACCCACAGGAAGAGGCCAGCCAGCAGCCGCCGCCGCCCUCCCGUAGCCAAGACACAACCACCACCACCACCACCAACCACUACAACCACCCAACCAUCACCAUCGCCAACUUUGAAAUGCUGAAACACGAUCUAAAGAGAGAGAGAGAGAAAGAGAAAGAGAGGAAACGAUGAACAAAGUUGCCCAGCAGCCGCAACAGCAGCAACGCAACCACUCGAUCGCGUGUUUCUUUUAGGGCAGUUUAUUUGAAAAGUGCGUUUUUUGUUUGUUUGUUUUUUUCACACAUUGGAAGAAUCGAAAGAGCGAAGAUGAUCGCGAGGGUCGCAAAAAUACCCUCCCUCCCCCGUGAGGAUCAUGUACACCGAUCAUGGCUAGCGACGAAGCAGGCAAGAGCACCGCAUACGUAGUAGAUAUCAUCAUUUCCACGAAAUGAGAAUGACUUGACGUAGCAAGAACAAACACAUCACACACACACACGCGCGUGCGAGCUAAUGAUUGAAGGUAGUAUUAGGGCAGCAGACGUUGAUCGUAGCAGAUCAACUGCUAGGGGUAUGUGUGAAGGACGCAUUUACCAAACGAGACGAUGCGCCGUUCAAUCGAAAAGGGAUAACAUUGGAGAAAGCCACACUGAGCCACAGCAGCCGCGCGUAAUUGUCCGGGACUGAGGGUGCCACGCGAAAGAAACGCUCUAACGAAAGAGGUAAAGAACGCUUCCGUUCCCUUCACCUCUUUUUUUUUAUUGCGCGCAGAAAGGUAGGCCAAAUAAAUGAAGAUACCUCAAAACACGAUGCCACGCGCAACCGGUGCGCGGUUUGAACCUGCUUACCGCAAACACCGCGCACAAGCGCGCACUACGAAAACGAAAUGAAACUAAACGAAUGAAAAAAAAAGCAGCGCAACUAAACGCGCGACAAGAUACGAACCCCCCCUCCCGCACGAAUCAUCUUGCUAAGCAGCAAUUUGAUGGAUGUAAGAUCGUGUGACAAAACGACACGAUCCGACACCCGCGUAAUGACUGAAUAACUAACUCAAAACUGCGCUUGUUGUCCCUGUCCCCGAUGCUACUCUCGACAUGCGAAACUGUGGGCACGCUAGCGAGAUGGCGAAGAGGUGUUGUUUCGCCGCCACUUCGUGUUGAGUGGCCCCCGUGCCAUAAGCACGAUGUAAAACGGCUUUUGAAUUUGAACCGGUGCACAUGGCUACUGCUGUGCUCUCGCGAGGGGCACGGUGGUGGAAGCUCAGAGCAAUGCUUGCUUGCUCUGGAGUAGUUGAUUGUUGUGCGCGCAUAAAAGACUGUCUUAAUCGCACGCGCGACUGUAGAGUGCGCAACGAAACUGAAGCCACGCGAUCUUUAAACGAUCAUCCAAAGAAAAAGGAACGGUUAGGCUUUGUUCUAAUGCCCAUCAUCAUCAUCAUCAUCAUCGUCACCGCUCAAGAGGAGUUGGUGUAGAUUAUACACAGAUUGAUCGCUUCCAGCGGAGUAAGUGUGCGUUAUGGUUUCCCCGGGAGCUAACCACCCUUCCAACGGAAAUUUAUGAAAAAAAUCCCCAAAAUAUCAUCCGCCCUCCCCCCCCCCCCCCCUUCCAAACUGGAAAGCUGGAUUGGUUCUGUCUGCCCUUCCCUGUGCAGUUUGUGGGAAAAAUGCGUCGCCCGAGUUUUAGUAGAGUUAAUUUUAAUUUAUUGUUUUUCUUGUUUUGCCCUCUCCUUUAUUGCCCUUUUUUCCCUUUUUUCUGUGUUUUCCAUUCCAAUGUGUGGAAAAUGUGUUUUUGUGUCUUUGUUAAUUUAAAAAAAGAAAAAAAAAAGAAUGUCGCGUUAAAAAGCGUGAGAGGAGCGAAAAACGGCGAAGCUCUGGGAUUUUUUUUGUUUUGUUUUGUUUUGUUUUUUGGGAGGUACGGAACGAAACAGUGGAGCAGGAACAGUUAGCGUAAGGUUAAACACGUAUAGGGGACAGGGGAAUAUUUGAAAUUUGCGCGAGAACGGGCCGGACAGACGGAUAUCGCCGCCGCGCCGGCAGGUGCGACGUUGCGAACGAAACUCCGGCGGCGGAAGCUGAAAGCGUAAGAAACUAGUUUAUAUUUUAGUCUCGUAGAACGAACGAUUUACUGCAGAAGCAAAUUGAUGCAAAUCCCAAUGAAAGCGGGGGAGAGAGAGAGGAAGGGAGCGAAUGAGAAGAAGAAGAAAAAAAAGAACAACACACCCCUCACCACACACUCCUCGGGGACCGUCUUUUUCUGUGCUUUUUGUGUCGUACUGUGUGCAGGUUGGACGUGGAAGAAGUAAUUAGCAAAGGAAAGCGUUCGAAACGAGGGGAAAAACACACACACUGGGCUUAUUAUUGGAUAGUGGAAGAAAACGGCAAGAGAAGAAUGAGUAGAAAAUUUAAAGCAACACACACAUACACACACACACACACAUACACAGGAAAGCUCGAAAAGCCCGCCAGCCGGCAGAGUGUGUGUAGAGAGUCAGUAAAUGCCGCGACCCGCGGAUACCCGCACGCGCUAGCUUGAUAAGGUUAGUUUUUAGUGUGUUUAGUAUGUUAAGUAGGAUUUUUCGAAGGACUCUUCCCCCCCCCCCAUCCAACUAGCCCCUCCACAGCGCUCUCCCUUAGUUUUCCCCCUAUUUUCAAAUCAUUUCCCACAAAAUGCACAGAUUCGUCUGUUGUGUCUGUAUUUGUGGUUUGUGUUUUGUUUGUUUUCAUUGUCCCGUUGUUUUUGCGUCUCCACUGACUGAUUGGUUGUUAGAUUUGACUUUCACAACCACAGCGUGUUAUUGUAUUAUUUUCAUAUAAUUUUCUGUUUUUGAUUUUUACUCUCCACACUGACGUGUGUUGAUCACGUUUUUCACAAUAGUUCUUCCAUUUUAGUUUUUUUUUUUUUACUUUUUCUUCCACUUUUGUCCUUGGUGUGAUUGUGAUAGCGCUUAACGUUGGAAGAACGCGGUACGAAAAGAAUGAUGUUCUCUAGGAAAAGUGAAUCUAGAAUGAUUGCGCAAGCAGAUGAUCGAAACAAUGUGAGCGAAGAAAAGUGAAGCAUAGAAAAUAGAAGCAAAACUUCCAACCCAUUUUCUCCCUUUCUCUGAAAAAACGUAAAAAGGCUUCUGAGUGCAUUUGCCUCACGAGCGACGAACACGUGUCUCGUGUUAGUUUUUUGUUUUGUGUACGAAUUCAUUUCCAAUUAGAUUCGUUAGCAAAUCGCGUUGAAUUGAGUUUUGUUUUGUUUUUUUUUUUUUUUUUUGCUCUAUUAAAUGCACGUUAGAAAUUAGUCGACUUUUGCGUACGAUCGGAUAGUACGAUCGUAUGCCCCCUCGCCCCCUUUUUCACCCAUCUGUCGUCCCCCCUCUUCUCCCCGAUUCCUCGCUUGACGAAACAGUGAACGUUUACGAAGAUAAGUUGUGAAUGAAUUAGGAUUAUUCAAGAGAGAAAUGGAAAGAUCGGGCACCGUCGCCGCCAAACACUCCAAACACACACACACACACACACCCACAGACAUGAUGGCGACGUGGUGCCCCCAAAACGCGGCGCGUAACGAACAUUUGCGGAUAAAAUAAAUGGAUCAUGAGUGUGUAGUACCGAGCAAGGCCCUUCUUGAAGCUGAAA